UUUAUUUAUUUUUUUGUGUGCCAUUGAACUGCUAGACAAUAUUUAAAAUGAAAAUCGAGUGGGCUCCCCUACGCGUUCCAUUGGCGCGACGAUUGCAAACCUUGGUCACAGCGGUGCUCACGCUCACGUUCUUCACGCUGCCCCUUUUAGCCUGCCUCAUUGUUGCAGCCAUCAUGUUUUAUGGCGGCAUCAUUAUCCGCACCUUGAUGCUCGUUUACUUUGUUUACAUUUAUGUGGAUCACAAGCGAAACUACUCCAUCCUGGAAGGCAAUGGUUGGAUAGUAAACCGAUCUAAUCGAGUAUAUAGGAACUAUCGAGACUACUUUCCCGUGGAGCUGGUAAAGACAGUCGACCUGCCACCAAACAGAAACUACAUUUUGGCCAGCUUUCCGCAUGGAAUACUCGGAACUGGCACUUGUGUAAACAUGGGACUGGACAUCAGCAAAUGGCUGGAGUUGUUUCCCCAGAUCCGACCAAAGGUAGCCACGUUGGAUCAACACUUUCGAACACCGCUUCUCCGUGAAAUUGUGCGCUGGUGGGGAAUGGUGUCGGUGUCCAAGGAGUCCCUGGUCCGAUUGCUAACCAAAUCGAAUGAUCCGAAGCAUGCCGACAAUCGCGAUGGCUUCACAUCCAAUGCGGUGGCCAUACUGGUGGGUGGCGCCCAAGAGGCCAUGGACUCGCAUCCGGGCAAGUAUAUUCUGACCCUGAGGAACCGCAAGGGAUUCGUUAAAAUGGCCAUUCGAACGGGUUCAUCUAUUGUGCCCACGUUCUCCUUUGGUGAGGUGGAUAUAUUCAAUCAGGUGGCAAAUCCGCCGGACUCCCUGCUGCGUCGCUUUCAGUCUGUGGUGAAGAAACUGACGGGGAUAUCCCCGCUAAUUCCAAUGGGUCGUGGCAUCUUCAACUAUUCCUUUGGCUUCCUGCCCCAACGCCGUCGCAUCGUCCAAGUUGUUGGCUGCCCUAUUGAUGUGAUAAAGAGUGAUCAGCCGGAUGCCGCCUACGUGGACAAAGUGCAUGGACAAGUGAUGGAGGACCUCGAGAGGAUGUUCGAUCAGUAUAAAGCGAAGUAUAUAUCGAACUCAAAGAACAGCAAGCUGAUAAUACAGUAACUGCCUAGUCAGAAAGUGAUAUACAGUGUAGAUUCUCUCUCUCUCUCUCUAAGCACAAACACAACACACACACAAAACCGAGUUAAGGGAUUAUUUUUAACGAAAGCAUACACACAUAAUACGUACAUAUGUAUGUAUGCAUGUUUUGUUGUUUUUUUCCUUUUAUUAAUUAUUACCAAUUAAAUGUAUUACCUCGUA